AUCGAGAGCCUAAAAAGUCAGCUUUUCCCGUUUUUCCAUAGCGCUAACAAGUUUCACAACGCAAAAAGCCAUUUUCACAAAGUUUUCUAAAGUUCGUGUAUCCGACUAUCCGAGAGGCACAGAGCGGACUAGUCGCAAAUAAAUUUUCAUCCAAAUCCGAGGCUUUGAUUACAUUAUUCUGCGUAGGAGAUACAAUGUUUUAUACCUGCGAGUGUUUUAAGUUUUAAGUGGUUUUAAGAAAAUAAUAUUUGUCUUCGAAGUAUCUGUUAUGUGUAUACUUUUGAGCCUAUUAUAUAUUUUGAAUCAUAUUUUUAAACAUUACUAUGAGUCGUCAAUUAACUUGGUUUAGAGUCACAGAAUCUUUAACCCGUGGAGCGGCUGUGUGCAAUGAACGUCUCUCUGAUGAGUGCUUCUCAACCAUUGUUGAAUAUCUGUUCAAAACUAUUGACAAUACUGCGGAUAACGUCGUGGAAUACGCCGAAGAUGAUUUGACUAACAUCCAUCAGGAAUCUUCCCAGCUGAGUGAGAAGGAAUUCCAACUGGUUUUGCAAACACUGACCUAUCUGGUGAAACGAUCUUUAAAGUUUAUGCUAAAACCGUCCGCUUUACAAGGCGAUCUCCAGCGCGAAUUGGCUCUUGAUGACACAAAGUGUAACAUCUUUGUGAAGUACUGGAUACAAUCUACGAAAAUAAUACUUGACUCGUUAGAGCUCAAACAAGACGGAUCUAGUGUUGGAAAAUCGAAUCAGCUGGAAGACGUUUCCUGGAAGGUACGAGCUCAGCUAUCGUCUGAACCUCGCCAAAAGGACAAAUUAGCGUUGGGCCAGUUAGAACUGAAAACAACCAGCAAAACAAUCAAUCUUGAACUAAACAGCGACGAAAUAGUGAAAUUCUACGAGCAGCUCGAAAGAAUACAAGUAGAGUUGGAUGCGCUGAGUGCAAAGUCGUAGUUUAUCUUAUUGCGUACCUAUACAUAUUUUAUUGAACUGUAAUAAAUGAUACCU